AUGGAGAAACCUGAGGGAUCCUGCCCUGUAGAGAAACCAUGUAAGUGUGGUGACUGUGGGAAAAGUUUCCAUUUCCCGUCUGCCCUGGAGACUCAUCGGCGCACUCACACCGGGGAGAGGCCAUUCCCCUGCACAGAGUGUGGUAAGACCUUCAGCAAUUCCUCUGACCUGCUGAAGCACCAACGGGUCCACACGGGGGAGAGACCCUUCAGCUGUCCCAAAUGUGGGAAGGGCUUUACCCAGGCCUCCAGUCUGCUGGCCCACCGGCAGGUCCACACCGGGGAGAGGCCGUUUCUUUGCACCAAGUGCGGGAAGGCCUUCAGCAAUUCCUCAGCCCUGCUGAGGCACCAACGGGUCCACACGGGGGAGAGGCCCUUCAGCUGCCCUGAGUGUGGGAAGGCCUUCAGCAAUUCCUCUGACAGGCUAAAGCACCAGCGGGUCCACACCGGGGAGAGGCCCUUCACCUGCCCCGAGUAUGGGAAAGCCUUCAGCAAUUCAUCCGACAGACUGAAGCACCAGCGGGUCCACACUGGGGAGAGACCCUUCAGCUGCCCUGAGUGUGGGAAGGGCUUUACACAGACCUCCACCCUGCUGGCCCACCAGCGGGUCCACAGUGGGGAGUGGCCAUUCACCUGCUCUCAGUGUGGGAAGGGAUUCACCCGCUCUUCCCACCUGCAGAGGCACCAGCGAGUUCACAUGCCAUGGCAGGGGGAUUGAAGGAGCAAUGGCAGAGUCCCAUUAUUGACUGGAUCCCUGGGUUUGAAUCCCGUUGUGGCAGAUGGCGGAACUGGAAUUUGGUCACAAGCCUGGAGUUCAGAAUCUAACGAUGAAACCAUUUUUUGGGGGCAGGGGCGUGAGAACCCCCAUCUGAUUCACUCAUGCCCUUUUUAGGAAAGGAAACUGCCGUUGCAGGAAAGGACUCACUCAGUUGUCCCAGCUGCAUCCUUUACCCGGGUGGCCUACAUGUGACUCCAGACCCACAGCAGUGUGGUUAACUCCCCCACCUGCGGAAAUGAACAGGGAGAAACUUACUUGGAGACAGGGUCUGGGUUGAAAUUGCUGAGUGAGGCAAUACUUCCCACGGGGUUAAGGCUGUACCAAGGAUCCAAUUACAAAGGGAUAACUCAGUGCUGACCAAUAGUAGAGAAAAUUGGGGGUGGGGGGACUGUG